GGCUCUGAAGCAAUCUGUUCGGUUGACAGAUAAUCGAACUGGUAUUCUUCUGAGAGCAGAAUCCGAAGCAGGGACAAGGCAAGCAUUGUCUAUUUUAGAGAUGAAAGAACAUGAUUUAUCGCAAAAACCAGUCUUUGUUCUUGUAAAUGCUAAUCAAUACUCAGUCCAUCAUCAAACGGCUACGUUUCAGUAACGCAGACGGCUGUGAAAAGUCCUAGCCAGACUAAGCUAGCACCAUGCCGCACAGACCUGUCCAAGAUUCCGAGAUCCAAAUCCACCUGGCGGAUUCCACCCAGAAGCCCAACUUCUCACAGCGGAUAUCAAACUUUGUUCGGGACAAGGGCAACAUCAGUUUGAUCAUCACGUUUGCCGUGACAACCAUCGCCCUUACGCUGUUCCUGCUGGUCCAGGAUGUGUCGGGGAAACAGGUGGUCAGCUACUUCCUGUCCGGAGGGCUGUUUGGGUUCGCAGGUGGCUUCACUAACUGGUUGGCAGUGGUCAUGCUGUUCACCAGAAUCCCAGGGGUGUAUGGGAGUGGUGUGAUUCCAAACCGCUACCGUGAGAUCCGUGCGAAGGUGAAGGAGGUGAUCAUGGAGAUGUUUUUUGAUGAGGAGUUUCUGGAGAAGUACCUGUCCCACAAACUCAUGGAGGUCGCCAACAAUGUGGACAUGAAGGCCAAGGUCGGGGAGAUCGUCCACUCCAAGACUGUGGACCGGCUCAUCGAUGAGAAGCUGGCAUCUCUGGGCACCACUCCUGAAGGACAGCUCAUCCUGAAGAUGGGCGUGGACCCAAAGUCCCUCAAACCCAUGAUCAAACCCUUCCUGCAGGGGUUUGGAGAGGACCUGGCUCCCAUGAUCAAGGAAACACUCAGUGAUCCCAUGCAGGUCAUUGAUGUGAGCAAGCUGCGCAAAGAGAUGGAGAAGUACAUGAACUCUCGCAUGGAGACGCUGACGGAACAGCGUGUCACAUCUCUACUGGAGGCCGUCAUCCGACCGCAUCUCGGCUGGAUCAUCGUCUGGGGCUGUGUCUUUGGAGGGCUGAUCGGGAUUAUCACACAAGCUGUAGGACUGGCACCAAGUUACUAAUUACUUAACUUUACUACUUACACAAGUGUGCAAUGUGCUAGGGAUGGUAGUUCUGCAAAACUGAAAACCUUGUUGGCCAAUGUUCAUGUUUCACCAGAGCACUAGUCUUAAGAGAGUACUGUAUUGGCCAGGCACCAACUUACCAGCGCUCUCACUUCCUACACUGAUGUGCAAUACAUGUACCCUUACAUUACUGUGUAAUAAUAAUGCUGUGUUAGAAUGGUAGAACCAAAUAUGUGCACAAUGAAAUAUCAAAAAGCACAGUGCUAUAUUAAGCCAGAUAGCUCAAUUAGAAGUGCUUUAAUAUGUAGUUAGCACCACCAUAGCUCCUCUGGCUUGUCAGCAGGGGUUUCCCAUGUGCAGUGUGAGGGUUUUGAGUCAUUUUGAUCUCAGCUUGUUAGUAUAAUAUAUCCACCAAAGUUGCAUAGCUGUUACCAUUUUUAACAGGUCUAACCUAGAUGUAUCAUUCUAACCAGGUCUUGCCAAGCCACUUGACUGCCAGAUAGAUCUAUAGCUGAAGCAGCACUAAAUGAUAAGAUUAACAUAUACUCUGUAAUACUAACUACCAUUGAGUUUUGAUGUGUAUAACUUUAUCAAACUCCUUGCUCUGACAUUGUUAACAUAUUAUCUAUGCCAUGAAAUGGAUUUAUAGUACAGUCUGUGUUUGUAGCUAGCCUGCAUGGAAACGUACAUUUCUACUAGACAAUUUCUGUGUAAGGAAGUCAAACCAGCAUGAGGUGGACUAUCAGAAGGCUCUUUUGACAGGCAGAAAAUGAAAAAGGAAGAAAAUGAAACAAAACUACUAACCUGAAAAA